GAGAAUUAAGCUGACCUGCAUGUCCCCAGGGUGGUACCCGGAGCCAGAGGUACAGUGGAGUGGCCCAGGAGGACUCCUUCUAGAACCUGCCUCGGAGACCAGGACUAUAGCAGGAGAUGGCCUGUUCCAUGUGGAGUCCUCUCUCUCAGUCGGGGAAAAUUCCACAGGACACCUGACUUGUUCCAUCAGGAACCCUGUCCUCGAUGAGGAUAAGAAGACCCACGUGUCCAUGGCAGGUGACCUGUUCCCCAGGGUCAGCCCCUGGACUGUGGUGCUGGGGGUGCUCUUCAGCCUCUUGACUCUCUGCUUGGUGGUCACCGGUAUUGUCCUCCUGAGAACCAGAAAAGCCAAAGAUCUGAAGGAAGCUCGAAGUUUUGCAGUAACUGAUCUCCUUCCUUCUGCAGAGAACAUCAUACUGGAUGAACGCACGGCUCACCCCUCCCUCUAUGUGACACAAAAUGGGAAGCAUGUUUAUUCCCGAUCUGUGAAUCAAAAUGUUCCUGAUAGUCCUGAGCGAUUUACUCUAAUGCCAUUUGUGCUGGGUCGGAACAGCUUCUCUAGUGGCAGUCACUACUGGGAGGUUCAAGUAGCAGGAAAGAGCAGGUGGGCUAUAGGCCUCUGCUUGGAUUCAGUAGACAGAGGAAGAGCUUAUGAGGAGUCUUGUCCUGAAGCUGGCUUCUGGACCCUCUCCGUGGAGGAUGGUCAGUACAAGGUGCUUUCAAUGCACUCUUAUAAUAUCAAUGUCCCACUAGCGCCAGAAGUAGUUGGAAUAUUUUUGCAAUAUGAAGAAGGUUUGAUCUCUUUCUAUAAUGUUAUAGAACUUACCAUUCUCUUUACUCUCAAAAGCAAGUUCACCCAGCCCCUGAGGCCAUAUUUCUACCCUGGACCUCCUAUUCCAGGAAGCACUCGGGGCCUAACCAUCCUGCAUUUUCCAUGA